AUGAUUGGAAGUUUGGUUCUCGUAGCCUCUCUUAUUGGCGUGAGCCAGUGCGUAACAUUUGUCAUUGAACCAUUCAACACCUCUGCCGCAAUUGGAUCGACCGGAACGCUCGCCUGCAUCGCAACCAACUUGGGAUCAGACAGCGUGUCUUGGAAAAAAAAGCAGAGCUCUGGAAAUGGUUACGACUCUUUGACAUUCGGCACCAACAUUGUGACUUCUAUCCAGAAUAAAUAUACUAUAUCCGGCACAGCUAACUUGACCAUUUCCAACGUGGCCUCCACGGAUGAGGGCCUUUAUCAGUGCGCCAUCGGCUCAGUGACCCGCGAAAUAUCCUUCACUCCUGUCAUCCUACCCAAUAAUGUAUCCGUAUAUUGGGAAAACUCACCACAAUCAGGAAAUGUGGUCAACAUCACCUGUCGUGCCACUUACGGAAAUCCACCACCCUAUCUCAAGUGGUUCAAAGGCCCAACCCAAAUGGAACUGACGCAAAACGCUUAUUACUACACAACCAAUGUCAGAUCUAGUGGAUACGGAGAUGCCGUGAGCUCCAUGGCAUUGUCUCUAACUGGUAGCGACCAGAACCAGGAAAUCAGGUGCGAGGCCGCUUAUGACGGCUACGAGAGAGCCAUGGAGUAUACCCUGAACAUCCAGCUCAGUGGCAGUUCAUCCCUGAAAGCGCAAGGAUUGCUCGCCGCUCUUUUUGUGGCCUGCAGCUUGGCAUUCAAAAGUCUCUAAUGAGCUUGGACAUUCAGAAACUUUGUAAACAUCUACGACGCAAGCCUCUUGAAAAUUUUAUGUUUGAUCCCUAAAUGGACACGUUUUUUUUUUUUCGAGUUUCGUUUUUUCUCUUGAGUUUUCUGAUGUGGGCGUGUGCUUUCAAAACUCGGGGACAUAUUCUGUGUAUCAGAAGACCAGCAGUGUCACUCUAAGAAUAUGAACGAAGGACGGAAUGGUUCGUAUAGAAUGACACGAGUUCCGGUUCCGUAAGUAAUCCAGCUAUGAAUUUCGCCCCUUCAAAACGUAAGCGGAACCCUGAUCAGGACGUUUCUCUGUUUAGCUGGUGUUGAGGCAAUCGGAAGUCCUCGAAUGUCUCGUGCACUCAACAUAGAUCUCGGAUGUAAUAGAUGGCAUCCAUGAGCGAAUUUGAUGCAUUGUCAAUUGUGACGUCACAGCAAUGCAUCAAAUUCGCUCAUGGAUGCCAUCGUAUUACAUCCGAGAUCUAUGUCGAGUGCGCGAGACAUUCGAGGACUUCCGAUUGGGUGUUGGGGUUCUUCAUAUUUGCUGGGGUGACCAACUGUUAGAGAUCCGAAGAUAAAUGAACAAACUUGUUUCCAGUUUUCACCAAUCGGCCACUUUGAACGAUCCACAAAAGACGAAUGCUACUCAUAAAGAGAAGAAAAAUCGUCCUUAUUAUCAUCGAACAUGUAUUUUCGACUUUUCGCAAGAGGAUUAAAUGACUAGAUGUUUCCAUACGAAACUUUAUUUUCAAUGCAUUUACACUGUACAUUUUUCAUGAGAUUAUUUAUUUUUAGUAUGUAAAUGUGAUUCAAUAUUAUGGUCAGCAAUAAAUUAU